CAAAAGCUUCAAAAUUUGACGAGCUCCUCAGUCACUCUCUCCCUCUCUAUCAUUAAACGACGUCGUCUUGCUCUGCGCGCUGGGUUUCACGUAUUUGAUUUUGCCUGAACGAUUUCCGAUGAGUCUUGCGGAGUCUCCGGUACACUCUUCCAGCAGUGAUGGAUUUGCUGACUUGCUUGAGAGAGAACUUGAGUCUGGCUCUUCGGAGUCGUCGCCGGAUGAGGAAGAUAAAGCUGCAGCAGCUGAUGAUGGCAGUGAUGUUGAAAUUGAGAGCAGGAUAAAGAGGCAGAAGGUAGAGACUGUAGAAAUCUUAGAGGAAGCUAAUGCGUCGACUUCAGGAGGACUACUGGAAGAAAAUUCAGAUCUGUCUGCAAUGGAGGAUUUGUGUGCACAUCCUGGGUCAUUUGGAGAUAUGUGCUUUCUUUGUGGCCAGAGGUUGGUUGAACAGUCUGGUGUGACAUUUGGGUACAUACACAAGGGAUUAAGACUUCAUAAUGAUGAAAUCGACCGGUUACGGAACACAGACAUCAAGAAGUCGCUAAAUAAUAAGAAACUAUAUUUGGUACUUGAUCUUGACCAUACCCUGCUGAAUUCUACCCAACAGAAUCAUAUGACAGCAGAGGAAGAAUAUUUGAUGAGCCCACCAGAUUCUCUUCCAGAUGCUUUGAAAGACAGCCUCUUUAGACUGGACUUUAUGCGUAUGAUGACCAAGUUAAGGCCCUUCAUUAGGACAUUUUUGAAGGAAGCCAGUGAAAUAUUUGAAAUGUAUGUAUAUACAAUGGGUGACCGAGCCUAUGCACUGGAAAUGGCCAAGUUGCUUGAUCCCAAAAAGGAGUACUUUGGAGAUAGAGUGAUAUCACGGGAUGACGGCACCCAAAAGCAUCAAAAGGGUCUGGAUAUAGUGCUUGGGCAAGAAAGUGCUGUUUUAAUACUGGAUGAUACUGAAAAUGCAUGGAUAAAACACAAGGACAAUUUAAUCUUGAUGGAAAGAUAUCAUUUCUUUAGAUCUAGUUGUGCCCAAUUCGGGUACACUUGUGAGUCUCUAUCAGAGUUGAAGAGUGAUGAGAGUGAACCUGACGGAGCCCUUGCAAAUGUUCUUGACCUUCUUAAGCGAAUCCACAAGAUAUUCUUUUAUGAUUUGGGAGGCAAUCUUAUUGAUAGAGAUGUGAGACAGGUUCUGAGAACUGUUAGGAAGGAAGUUUUGAAGGGGUGCAAAGUUGUGUUCAGUCGUAUUAUUCCUUCAAAAUUUCAGGCUGAUAGUCAUCAUCUGUGGAAGAUGGCAGAGCAGCUGGGAGCCAUUUGUUGUACAGAAGUGGAUUCAUCAGUGACCCAUGUAGUUGCAUUAGAUGCUGGAACGGAAAAGUCUCGCUGGGCAGUGAAACAGAAGAAGUAUUUGGUCCAUCCUCGGUGGCUUGAAGCUGCAAAUUAUAUGUGGCGGAAGCAACCUGAAGAGAAGUUUCCAGUCACUGAAGCGAAAAUGUAAACCCCAACACAGUGAUUUUUUUUUUAUUGAGAUAACUAAAACCAGCCCUUGUUGUGGAGGAUAACUUGGGAAAGUUGUAGAAAUUUUUUUGGUAGAACUUUUAUGACUAAUGUGAAUUUUGAUGCUGAUUCGACUAGAGCAGGCUUUACUCUUGAAUUUGUAUAUGGAUACAGCCUGAUUUGUCAGAUAACAAGAACGGAAGAUGUGUUAAGGCUGUAGGAGGAUGUGUCACUAGUUUCGGCA